AUGUACAAUAUGAAGUUGAAAAGUAGAAAAGAAGAAACAAAAAGUGUUGUUUUUUCAGUUGAAGAUAUUCAUUCAGAUGAUGAAUGGGUGAUUGAAUAUCCUAAUGAAGAAAAUGUGCAAACUGAAGUUAAAAUUAAACAAGAUGAUGUUAUUGUUAACAAUGUUGUGGAAGUUUAUGUUGUUGUUACUAAUAUUAUGCAAAGUGGUGGUGGUGGCAAUGUUGAAUUAGGUGGAAGUGAAACUUCAAGCAAUCCAAUUUUAGUUAAUGAUGAAGAAUGCGUUUUACCAGGGACAAAGUUUGGUGAUGAUACUCAAGAUACCGAUGAAUAUGAUGAUGAUGAUGAUUUCACUAGAUAUUUAGAUGUUUAA